CCCGUCCAGAGAGGUGGAUACAUCAGGGACAAGCCUCUUACCUUUUUUCCAAUGAAAGCAUCUCUGGGCAAAGAUGUUAAUCCUUUUGCUCCUCUCAAGAGUCCAAGUUUCUUAAGAUUGAUGGCAAGGAAGAGCUGCAAUGGAGGGAGCAGGAAGAAGAAGAUUCUGAUUCCCCACCUCAUAGUCUCCUUCCCAGGCUGUUGGAGGGGUAGCACAACAUGUUGCCCCUUAUGCUGGGCAGAUUGUAAUGUCACACUCUACCCCCAGGAUUUCAUAAGAAAAGCAUCCUAUCAAUAUGUUGAAGAUCGCCUUCCCUAUUAUUUUGCUUUCUGGACUGGAUUAUCGUAUGACCCCAGCACCAAGAAAAGAUUCUGGAUGGAUGGCGCAGCUCUGUCCUCUGGCCUGUUUCACAUCCCAGGAGGACCCAGUGACAGUUUUCAGGGUGGAGCUUGUGCCUAUUUCCAAGGAGGGAACGCAAAAGCUGGAAACUGCAGAGAAACUCGAUUCUAUAUUUGUGAGAAGACCGGGGUGGUAACAGAUCAACUAGACUGAGCCCUGAAGCAAAUCACCCAGCAGGGAGUGAAGGACUAGACUCAGGGGAACGCGGAGCUGCAGAAAGAAAAUAUAUCUCAGCAAGUCACACUAUCCUCCAAAAAGGACCCAGAAUUUUAUAAAGCAAUUUGUAAAAAUGCUUACAGAAUACAAAUGAGUUUGUGCCACAAGGAGAGCCAGAGUCAGCCCUUCAGAGUGCAAUACAGCAAUUUUAGCCAAUAGACACACACCUUAGGAAUGUUCAUCAGCCAAUCAUAUUGCUCCCACUGGCCCAAAUUACCAGCGUCCCAUUAAGAAUUAUUUGCACAGCUCAAGUUCUCAGUAACCAGCUUUUCAGUUUGCUGGCCCAACCAAAAAAAUAAAAAUAAGUUAGGAGGCCAACCAAACCACUUCAUUUGUUUGUUUUUUUUUUAAACCUUUUCAAACAAAUAAAAUUGAGGCAAAAUUUGAAAUGAAGUCAUUUGUAUCAAAGUUUCAGAAUUUAUUUUUUUCUUUCCCACUGGAACAAUUUGGCAAAGCAAACGCAAGUUCAUAAAAUGUUACCGUCAACCUCAAUCUACAUUUUGCAGCUGAAAAAAGUUAGACAAAAUAUUGCAUCUAGCUCUACCGAGAAUUAAAUGCUAGAAUGUUUGUUUUCAGCUGGUAACAAAAUACAAAACAGUGAAUGAUUUCUCCUGGGGUCUCCCGUAUUAUCACUAGUUGUGUGUGACUAAUAUCUACCUCUUUCAGUGAUCAAUUUCUGCUCCUUGUGUUUCAGUGAUGCUAUAAUACUAUGUUUGCAUCAUCACCUAAUCUCAUCUCAUUGGCUGUUUGAUAGGAUGGCAUGUAGAGCCCUGAGGACAAAACUUAAGUCAUCAGAAACUUUGUGUGUCUGUACAGGUCUAUUCCCAGUUCCUUGAGCUGUGUUAUUACUGUGCUAAGUCUGAGAUAAUGAAUUUAAACAAUUGUUAAUGAAAUCAUACACAAAACAGCCCUGAGCACUUCUGCAUACACUUUGAUUUUAUUAGAUGUAUGCGAAUAGUGAGGAUAAGACAAAUUUAGCAUUCAGAAUAAAUCAAAUUAGCUUGGUUAAGAAUAGAUUCUCCAAAGACAGUUAGCUGGCUGCAUCACAUUGGACAUAAAGAAAAGGUAUCUUAACAAUGCUAGAGUGG